AUUCCGUGGCGAGACGAUCGUCGAAAAAGUCGCGCGCGCUACUAAAAUAAAUUCAAGCAAUAUAUUAUUGGAGGAACAAAAAAUAACACACUUCAUUAUAAUCCACUAAAAAGUUAAGAUAUAUAAAUAUACAGACGAGGCAAGCGAAUACAAAGUAAACACAUUUUUUUGCUGGAUAAUUUGAGUGUGCACAGUGACAAGAGUGCUAACACAAAUAAUACACAAUCAAGUGCUGGCAAAUAGAGCUGCAACUAGGCCAAAGUUGAUUUGAAACAAAAUAUUACUCAUACGCCACCGGCAUCGCAUUCAUUCCCACACCUCAGUUAUCAGUUUUUGAAUGAGCCCAAUGAGUGGACUGCGCCAACAGCUGAAGAUGCUGGGAACAGCAUUGCUGGGCAAACGGGCCACCAAGUCUGUCAAAAAGAAACCAUUUACGGAGGUGGAAAUCAAAGAUCUACGCACAGCAUUCGAUCUACUAGACAGAAAUCGCGACGGUCGCGUCACCGCCAACGAGCUGCAGUUUAUGCUGAAGAAUCUGGGCAUAAACGUGAGUGACGAACUCAUACACGAUCUCAUACGUGAGGCGAGCCACUCAGGCAAUGGCUUAAUCAACGAGGCCGAGUUCCUGCAAUGGGUGGGCAGGAUCCAGGCGCUGCGGGACGAGCAGCAUUCACAUGAGGACAGCAAGGACAGCAAGCCGGUGGACGAGGCCGAUGAUGUCACCGAGGACUUGAUAGCCGCAUUUAGAGUAUUCGAUCGGGAUGGCAAUGGGUUCAUAACGCGCGACGAGCUGCAGACCGCCAUGGAGAUGAUUGGGGAGCCCUUGAACGAGCAGCAGCUGGAGCAGCUGCUGGUCAUCGCGGACCUGGACCAGGACGGGCGCAUCAAUUACGAGGAAUUCACGAGACUUUUGCUCUAAGCAGUUUUACGCCCAUCAAGGAGGCGUGGUCAACCCCAAAACCCUGGAAAUUUCGAGCGGAAUGCAGCCCGAGUUGCCCCUUCAGCAUAAUUGUUAAGCUAUUAAGAAUAUACUCAGACAUGCAGAAAAUAAUAAUGCAACAAAAUGUGCAGAGCGUAA